UCGACUUCCUGCUGGAAGUUGGGGCCACAGACCGGAAUGUAGGACCCCAGCAUCUAAGACCAACCCAACAGUGGCAGUCUGACCAAGAGGAAGCCAACCUCGUCCUGUAGAUGACAGAGUCCGCAAUGACAGCCCUGUGUGUGUGUGAGAGACAGCAUAGGGAGAUUAGAUUGCAUGCACGGCUGGAUCUGGGAGGAGUUAAACGGCAGAGAAACUGCGAGAAAACGGCCUUUGUACUGGUCCACUUAAACAGUCUGUGGAAAGCCAGCUGCCUCACGGUUCUCUUCCCUGUGCGCUGUCUCCUCAGGAGCUGGCCUCAUCAACAUAGGAACCAAGGCGAGGACCGACGGGUCACUUAUAGGAGUUUCCAGUCAUGGCCCACGUAAUGACAUUCAGAGAUGUAGCCGUAGACUUUUCUCCGGAGGAGUGGGAGUGUCUGAGCCUGGACCAAAGGAGUUUAUACCGAGACGUGAUGCUGGAGAACUACAGCCACCUCCUCUCAGUGGGGCUUUGCAUUUAUCAACCACAUGGGUUCCCUGUGCCGGAGAAGGAGCAAGAUGCCUGCAUGGAUUUGGGCAAUGAGCCGAGCAGAUUUUACCCAGGUACAGAUUCCCGGUGGCAGAUGAAGAAAGCCCUACGGACAAACAACACGUGUGCCACUCGGUUGUCCCACUGGGAGGUAAUGGGAACGGAGCCAGACCACGGGCUUGCAGGCUCGUGUCCUGCAGCUGACUGGGAAGGCAAAGGUCAGGAGCCACCACAGAGUGAGAAUCAAGAGGAAACUCUCCAGCAAAUGACACCCACUUGUGACAAACUGCCCCUUCUGAAUCUGCUCACGGCUCUUAAUCAUUGUCCAAGACUGAGGCUAGCAGAGAAAACCAAGGAAGUCAAAUCUGAAAAAUCCUUUAGUUUUGCACCAGAGCCCGCUCAGCCUCAGCUCAUUCACACAGAUGAGAAACUCGAGGAAGAUAAAAAAUUCGGAAAGACCUUCCCUCCUGGCCCUAAGCUUACUCGCUACCGAGCGGUUCAGGACGGCAAGAAGGCAUUUCAGUGUGACCAGUGUGGCAAGGCUUUCAGCUUCCGUUCUAGCCUCACUGGUCACAAGAGAAUUCACACCGGGGAGAAGCCCUUCACGUGUAAGGAGUGUGGGAAGGCCUUCAGAUUUCACUCGCUGCUCAGUGUCCACGUUCGGACUCACACUGGCGAGAAGUCUUACGAGUGUAAGGAGUGUGGAAAGUACUUUAAUUACAGCUCAGACCUGACUCGACAUCACCGGAUCCACACGGGAGAAAAGCCCUAUCAGUGUAGGGAAUGUGGGAAAGCUUUCAGCUGUGGCUCAGACCUGACUCGUCACGAGAGGAUCCAUACCGGCGAGAAGCCCUACGAGUGUAAUGAGUGUGGAAAGGCCUUUAUCCAGCAGUCACAUCUCAUUAAACAUCAGAGAAUCCACACAGGUGAGAAACCUUACAUAUGCAAGGAGUGUGGGAAAGCCUUCACGUGCGGGUCGCAAUUAAGUCAACAUAGGAAGAUUCAUACUGGCGAUAAAUUGCAUAAAUGUAAAGAAUGUAAAAACUCCUUUAGUUUCGCCUUAGAUCAUACCCAGAGGCAGUUAAUUUACAUCGGUGAGAAGUUCUUUGAAGAUAAGGAGAACGGGGAGGCCUUCCUUCCAGACGCAGAGGUUCCCCGGUGUGAGACAGUUCACACUGGUAAGAAACUGUACGAGUGUAAAGAGUGUGGCAAGGCUUUUAGUCUGCGCUCCAUCGUCAGUAGUCUUAAAAAGAUCCAUAACAGGGAAAAGCUUUUUAAAUGUAAGGACUGUGAAAAGGCCUUCCGUUGCCCCUCAGACCUCUCUCGACAUCAGAAGAUUCACACUGGCGAGAAGCCCUACAAGUGUAAGGAAUGUGGGAAGGGCUUUAUUUGCAGGUCCGACCUUGGCCGGCAUCAGAGAGUUCACACCGGUGUGAAGCCUUACGUGUGUAAGGAGUGUGGGAAAGCUUUCACUCGAGGGGCACACCUGACUCAACAUCAGAAAAUUCAUAAUAAGAAAUCACAUGAAUUCGGUGAAGGAGAGAAGGCUUUUAGUUCUGGUUUAGAACACACUCCGCACUCCUUGAUUCCUACGGGUGAGAAACUCUGGGAAGGUAAGGAAUACGGAGAAGCCGUCCUUCGUGACCCAGAACGGACUCAACUUCAGACUGCUAAGACAGCGUAUGACUGUAAGGAGAAGGGCAAGGACUUUAGUUGGCAUUCACAUGAUACAGAUCUCAAGACAAUUCAUAUUCAGGAGAAACGUUUUCAAUGCAAGGAAUGCCCGAAAGCCUUUAGAUACAGCUCAGAACUGACCCGCCAUCAGAGACUCCAUACUGGAGAAAAGCCGUAUAAAUGUCAGGAGUGCUGGAAAGCUUUUGCUUCUGCGUCAGACCUCGCCCGGCACCAGAGGAUUCACACUGGUGAGCGGCCCUAUGAGUGUAACGAAUGUGGAAAAGCCUUUAUUCAACAGUCGCAUCUCAUUAAACAUCAGAGAGUUCACAGUGUCGAGCAGCCCAAGGACGUGAUGGGUGCAGAGAAGCCGUCGCUUGGCAGUCCAAUGCUAUUAAACAUGAGAGAGUUCACACUGGUCAACAAUCUUAUAAAUUUAAGGAGUGUUGGAAAGAUUCUGCUCAUGGCUCAGCUCAAUCCUUGUCAGAAGAUUUAUACUGAUGAGAAAUUAAGUUAAGGUGGGGGACUUGGGAAAGCCUAUUUCUGGGUCUCAAAUUACCCAGCACUAGAGUGUCCGCAUUGGUGGGAAAUCUACAGCAGAUCUGGGGAAGCCUUUAGCUGUAACUCAAGUCUCUGUCCAUGUCAGUCCAUGGGGUAGAGAAUCCUACAGUGUAAACAAUGUGGAGGCUUUCGUGGGUUCACAUCUUGCUCAGAGGGAGAAAAUUCAUGAGAAGAAACUGGAUAUAAGGAAUAUGGACAGACCUUUCUUCAUGGUUCAAAUUUUAAUAGACACCUGUAAAAUCAUGCUGACUAAGAGAACUGAAUUCAAGGAAUUUGGAAACAUUUAUUCAUGAUUCUGCACUUAACUGAUAAGUAAAUUCUCAAAAGGGACCUGAGAGAUUGAGGCAAUGCCCUUCAGGUUUACAGCUGUGCAGAACAGCCUGGCAAGCAACCCGGCUACCCCAGAAAGGCAGGAAAGCUUUCAUCUUGGAUUUGCCUCUCACAUGACAGGAAGUUCAUGCUGGCACAGAGCCCCACAAAUGUCUGAAGUGAUUUUAGUUACCAUGUCAGCUUGGGUCAACACCUGCACGUGUACACUUUCUCCCGUGGCGUGAAGCCCUGAGCUGUGUGUGCUGAACACAGCGUCUUGUUUCUUAGCCGCACCCGGCCCUCACGGUUAAGGAAGCCAUGAAGAUAAACAUGUUGAGAUGUUUUUCUAAGAGCUUACAUGUUUCACUACUGUGUUUUCUUGUGACACAAAAACAAGAAAAGCUAAUUUAUUUCUAACUCAUUGAGUUCAUUUUUUUUCUUUUUCUUUUUUUUUUUUUUUUUUUUUUAAGAGCUUUUGGCAAAAUAAUGUGUCUGUCGUCCAAAGUCAUGAUAUGAUUGCUGUUAGUUUAGGAAAAACCUUACUGGUGGGUCACUUAUGUAUGGUGAGGAUGCCUUAUAAGAGAAGUGACAUACGACUCUAUGGUAGAGUAUUUGCAGUGACAUGUAAAAGUGUAACGUAUGUGAGACAUGAUUUUUAUAUGUGUAUUACUUUCUAGAGAAACUUUGAAGUGCUUGUUUUUUGAUACAACAUAAAAAAUCCAAAAGAAUUUUUUAAAAACUCAGAGUUGCAUUUUAAAAGUUCUCUGAGAGCUGGAGAUGUGGUUCAGUUGGUAGAGCGCUUGUUUGGCACGCACGAAGCCCUGGGUCUGUUCUCCAGCUGCGUAGCCAGGCUUUGAGGCAUAUGCCUGAGUCUAGUACUCAAAAGUUCAGGGGCAUAACUGGACUACCUAGUGAAUUCAAGGCCAACCAGGAACUCAUGGGACUGUCUCAAAGGAAAAAGAAAAUCACGUCCCGCUAAGGCUACCAGAGAUCCAUAAUAUGUAUUUAUAUAACGUGUAUAUUCUGUGGAAGAGAAGAAAGUCCUGUGGAGAAUCUGUAGGCUUAUUUAGCAUAAUUCUUAUAUUUGAAAAGUUUCAGUUAUAAAGGUAAAUGAAAAAUUACAGGAGAGGUGAGCCUAGCAUGGAAAGAGAUGAUGAUGCUGGCUUCUCGUUUGAGCGUUUCUUGUGGGUGGAUGACAGUUCUGAAUGGUGCAGACGUAUGUUUAGCUCAGUCCUGGGUGUCAUACAAGUGUAGUCCCUGGUACCUCUCUUAGUACUGUGUGCUGCGCAGUUGUGGGUAAGUGUACAUACAGGACAGUUAAGUGUGUCUCAUGUGCAUGUCAUUCUGAAAUUAUUGUCAUCUAUGAACUUUAACCACAUGGAGAAUUUUGUCAUAUAUCUUUAUUGUAAUAAAGCCAUAUUCCUU